AUGCUGCUCAUUCCAUCCUUCGGAGAGGUCUCCCCUCCGUCUCUCUCUGAGACGGCUCUCCCCCACCUCCUCACCAUCCACUCCGCUCUCUCCCACAUGGGGCGACCCCCACCCAUCAUCGACGCCACUAGGCUUCAAUCCAACCCGCAGGGCGUGCUCAUGGCUCUCUGCCAAGCUCUAAACAUCCCGUUCUAUCCAGAAAUGCUCUCCUGGCCUGCAGGAAAGCGACCAGAGGACGGGGUGUGGGCGCCUUGGUGGUAUACCACCACGCAUGCUUCCACUGGUUUCGCUCUCCCUGCUCUUCACCCCAAGCCCUUCCCAAUGGAGCAUUACUCUCUACUAGAGGACUGCCGUCCAUUCUACUCCUUGCUCCUCUCCAAAGCCCUCAUUCACGUGCUGGACUCGGCAGUGCAGGGAGGGGAUGCUGUGUGGGAGGGGCUGAGGGUGUAUGAUGGUCGUAUAUUCAAGCUGCAAGAGCACCUGGACCGCCUCUUCGACUCUGCCAAGGCUAUGGCGUUUGCAAACGUGCCUACACAAGACCACGUGGUGCAUGCACUGGUGUCAACCCUUGCUGCCAACGGCAUGAGGGAUAAUGCUCAUGUUCGACUCACUCUCACUCGGGGGAAGAAGACUACAUCAGGAAUGAGCCCUCAGUUCAAUCUUUAUGGCUGCACUUUAAUCGUACUCGCGGAAUGGAAGCCCCCUGUCUAUGACAAUGCACGGGGCAUCAAGCUCAUCACGGCAUCAACUCGAAGAAACUCACCACAGUGUGUGGACUCGCACAUUCAUCACAACAACCUCAUCAAUAACAUCCUCGCUAAGAUCGAGGGGAACAACGCAGGGGCAGACGAUGCAGUGAUGCUCGACGUGCAUGGAUACAUCAGCGAAACCAACGCUACCAACAUUUUCAUGGUGAAGAGAGGACGCAUCUUAACACCUUACGCCGACAGCUGCUUGCCAGGCAUCACCCGAGCCACGGUAAUAGAGUUGGCGAGGCAUGAAGGCAUUCCCAUUGAGGAGUGCAACAUCACUACGGCUCAGCUGCAUGCUGCUGAUGAGAUCUUCACAACGGGAACGAUGGGGGAGCUUACACCUUGUGUGCUUCUUGACAGCCCGAGAGCGGCCAUCAUGCCGGAAAUCGAUCCGGAUCUCGACGAGAAGAACCCGCCAGCCCUCGAUGAGGACGAUAUCGCUCUCCUAAAGACCUAUGGUCUUGGUCCUUACUCAACGUCUAUCAAGAAGGUUGAGAAGGAUAUCAAGGACAUGGCCAAGAAGGUCAACGACCUAUGCGGGAUCAAGGAGUCGGAUACUGGAUUGGCAGCACCAAGCCAGUGGGAUUUGGUGUCGGACAAGCAGAUGAUGCAGGAGGAGCAGCCGCUGCAGGUGGCGCGCUGCACCAAGAUCAUCAACCCCAACACGGACGACGCAAAAUACGUCAUCAACGUCAAGCAGAUCGCCAAGUUCGUGGUGGGAUUGGGCGACCGCGUCUCACCGACUGACAUUGAGGAGGGCAUGCGCGUGGGAGUGGAUCGCAACAAGUAUCAAAUCCAGAUCCCCCUGCCGCCCAAGAUCGACCCGAGUGUAACGAUGAUGACGGUGGAGGAGAAACCGGACGUGACUUACGGGGACGUGGGCGGAUGCAAGGAGCAGAUUGAGAAGAUGCGCGAGGUGGUGGAGCUGCCUAUGCUGCACCCGGAAAAGUUUGUAAAGCUAGGAAUCGACCCCCCCAAGGGCGUGCUGUGCUACGGCCCGCCCGGCACCGGCAAGACGCUGCUGGCGCGCGCUGUGGCUAACCGCACGGAUGCCUGCUUCAUCCGCGUUAUAGGCAGCGAGCUCGUGCAGAAAUACGUGGGGGAAGGAGCGAGGAUGGUUCGAGAGCUGUUCCAGAUGGCUCGCUCCAAGAAGGCGUGCAUCAUCUUCUUUGAUGAGGUGGACGCCAUCGGAGGGGCGCGUUUCGACGACGGGGCGGGCGGAGACAAUGAGGUGCAGCGCACAAUGCUUGAAAUUGUGAAUCAGCUGGAUGGCUUUGAUGCACGCGGGAACAUCAAGGUUCUCAUGGCCACCAACAGGCCCGACACCCUUGAUCCUGCUCUCCUGCGCCCGGGUCGUCUCGACCGCAAGGUGGAGUUUGGACUUCCAGACCUGGAGGGGCGAACGCACAUCUUCAAGAUCCACACGCGCACCAUGAACUGCGAGAGGGACAUUCGAUUCGAGCUGCUGGCUAGGCUCUGCCCCAACUCCACCGGAGCCGAUAUUCGCAGUGUGUGCACGGAGGCGGGCAUGUAUGCCAUCAGAGCACGGCGCAAGACAGUCACGGAAAAGGAUUUCCUGGAGGCGGUCAACAAGGUCAUCAAGGGAUACCAGAAGUUCAGCGCUACACCCAAAUACAUGGUAGGUGCAAAGACAGCGGCAGAAGGAUUUCCUGGAGGCGGUCAACAAGGUCAUCAAGAGGUACGAGAAGUUCAACGCUACAUGGUGUAA